AUGUCGCAGGCCCUUCUUCCAAUCCAUCGGGCCCUUCUUAUUAGUACUUGCCCGGAUCUUAGCUGUUUGGGUGCCCCACGCGCAGACCUGGAACCGGUUUCACGAGGCAGUAAAAAGAGUUGGAUGCGAGCCGACCAGGGCGGAAUCCUCAUCGCUCUUUCGGAUAACCAGCUGAAGAGCUUCGGGCACAAGUGCGAUGAUGACGAGUGCGGCCCCAAGGCCGCGAGUGCACGUGCCGUUCCGGACGCCGAAGGCACUGAAGGGGCUCCGUUGAGCUUCUUCCAGGCAGGUGCGUCCAUGCAGCCGCGGGCUGUGGAUGCUGUUGUUCCAGAGCCCCCAGUCACAGGAGCUUCAUUGGGAGCUCAACAUGUGAUGACGGAGGUUUUCCCAGAGGCAGCACAUGUCGCCAACUUCAGUGGCUCCUUGUUGCAGCUGGCGCCACGCGCUGCGGGCACCACGUCACGCGAGGGCCAGGCCAGGAGUUUGGGCCUUGCGUACCACCGCAGAAUGCCAAGGAUGAGGAGGUCAUAG